CCUCGCCCCGGCUGCCUGCGGCUGAGGGAGCCCGCGGGGAUGACGCUGAGUGAGAAGCUGGAGACGCAGGGAGUUGCGGGCGCUCCCGACGCGUCUGCUACCCUCUUGCCCUCGCCGGCGCUGCAGGAGCAGCAGGGCGCCCAGGCGGCGGCCGGGGAGCCGAGGCAAGAGACCCGAGAGAGGUGUCCAGGCGGCCAGUCCGCUCUGCUGAUGGCGGGUGCCCCGGAGGAGCAGCACGGGGCCGAGCCCCCCGAGGGCGGCUGGGGCUGGGUGGUGAUGCUGGCCGCCAUGUGGUGCAACGGUGCGGUGUUCGGCAUCCAGAACUCGUGCGGGGUCCUCUUCGUCUCCAUGCUGAGCGAGUUCGGCUCGCAGGACGACAAGCAGAUGGUGUUCAAAACAGCCUGGGUGAGUUCCCUGUCUAUGGGAAUGAUUUUCUUCUGCUCUCCCGUAGUCAGUGUAUUCACAGACAUAUUUGGUUGUCGAAUAAUAGCCAUUGUUGGAGCUGCAGUGGGGUUUGUUGGACUUCUUUUAAGCUCUUUUGUAAGCACCAUUGAACCUCUGUAUUUUACCUAUGGAAUCUUAUUUGCCUGUGGUUGUUCAUUUGCGUACCAGCCAUCCUUGGUCAUUCUGGGGCAAUAUUUCAAGAAGCGCCUUGGACUAGUGAAUGGCAUCGUCACUGCCGGAAGCAGCUUGUUCACUGUGUCACUGCCUUUCCUUUUAAGAGUGUUGAUUGAUUCAGUUGGCCUGUACAACACUUUAAGGGUCCUGUGCAUCCUUAUAUUUGUUCUUUUCCUAGCUGGCUUCACUUACAAACCCCUCAUUUCCAGUGCAAGUGACAAAGAGGGUGGAAAGAAGGGCAUAUUGAGAUUUCCUCCUGCAAAGAAGAUUUUCAGUUUCUCCAUUUUCAAGGUUACGGGUUAUCGAAUCUGGGCUUUUGGAAUCCCUGCUGCACUUUUUGGAUACUUUGUGCCUUAUGUUCACUUGAUGAAACAUGUAAAAGAGAGGCUUGGUGAAAAUGUACAAGAAGAGGUGCUUCUGCUGUGUCUUGGUAUCACUUCAGGAGUCGGCCGAUUGAUCUUCGGCAGAGUUGCAGACUAUAUUCCUGGUGCAAAAAAAGUUUAUUUACAGGUGAUAUCAUUCUUCUUAAUUGGCCUGAUGUCCAUGAUGAUUCCACUGUGCAAUUCCUUGGGAGGUCUCAUUGCUGUCUGCCUCUUCAUGGGUCUGUUUGAUGGCUGCUUUAUUUGUAUCAUGGCUCCCAUUGCCUUUGAGCUAGUUGGUGCACAGGAUGUCUCCCAGGCCAUAGGAUUCCUGUUAGGACUCAUGUCAGUACCUAUGAUAGUUGGUCCACCCAUUGCAGGUAUACUGCGUGACUACCUAGGUACCUAUGAUGUAGCAUUUUACCUGGCUGGAGUUCCCCCCAUGAUUGGAGGAAUUAUAUUAUCUUUCAUCCCAUGGGUUCAUGAAAAGAAGAAGGCGAAAGAGAAAGAAAAAGCUGUUGAUGAAGAAACAACUAAGAAAAUGCUGGAAAAUGAAAGCACUUCAGCCUCAGGCACAGCAGAAAAGCCCAUGAGCAUAUUGCUAGCAGAUAAGCAAAGCAUUUUCUAUGAUCUUGGGACUCCUUGACCCAAUCGUGCAGCCAUUGAAGCGAAUGGGAGUUUUGCUAUUGUCUUCAAUAGGAUGAAGAUUUGCCUCUGACUGUACUAGUCCAACGUGUGUAUAUAAAUUGUAGCAUGAUCAGGAACAGUAACUGGGAAUAUUUAUGAAAUUAUGUAAACAUAUGGGAAAUAAGGUGUGUGAAUAAUAUUCAUGAAGAUAAAAUGGAUGCCAUUUAAUAAAGGAAUUAAGUAAUUCUUAUGUCAGAGAAUGUCCCUUAAUCAUUGUAGGUAUAAAAAAGUAUUCCUCAACUUUUUUUUUCUUUAGUUCCCUUUGGGAUAUAUAACUGAGAAAGGAGAAUGGCACAAACCCUGCCAGAAUAGGAUCCUUAAACAUUAAGGAACAGAGUAAAAUAUGCUAAUUAUAAAUACCAUGUUACCAGUGGUCAGAUAGGUAACCUAGAAAGGUAAAAUGUGUUCUAAUUAGAAUACCUAUUCCUGUGGGUAUGGGACGUGACACCCUGGCACCCCAAUGUUCACCACUGUCAUGUAACACUGCUCUACAGCCAAAAUGCUUCUGAAAUAAAUGUAGUCCAACUUUACUAAUUCUGGGUCACUGAGAACGAAAAUGAUGCUUAAAAUUGUUGAUUGGCUCUAGUUUUCAAGAUAUGGUAUUGGGUCAGUAUAUACGACCCUUGAUUUGGGAAUGGCGGAGGAUAAGUGAGUUAUAAAGGGAAGGGAUCUCAAUUUAAACCAGAAAUGACUAAAAUACAUCUUUGACUGGAUCUGUGAAUAAAUCUAUGACUGGGUUUGGACAGUACUUGCUUUUUAGGCAAAACAAUGAAUGAUGCAAUCUGAAGCUGGUAUUGCAUCAUACAUGAUAUGAAUUGCAUCAUGUUAUUCCUAGAAGUCAUGGAUGAUGCAAUCAUAACAAAGCUUACAUCACUCUGCUGAACAAAUUGCCCUAUAUCAGCUCUAGAAAUCAUACAGUGUCAUGCUCUCUUAUUUGUCAGUGUUUGAUUUUGCAAAGGGACACAUUUCUGUUUAGCUAAAGUGAGCAGAGAUGCCUCGUACUUGUGUGAAUAGUGCAGAUAACUUCUGCUAUGUUUGUGGUGAAGUGACUUUUGCAUCACAAAAGCACAGUAUAACCACUAUGGUUAAAAAAGCCUAUCACCUUUAUUUUGGCUGCAAAAUUGGAGAUCAGGACAAGAGGUGGGCCCCACACAUAUGCUGCAACACUUGUGCAACAAAUCUUCGCCAGUGGUUGAACAGGAAAAGGAAAUCUAUGCCUUUUGCAGUGCCAAUGAUUUGGAGAGAGCCAACAGAUCAUCCCAGCAAUUGUUACUUCUGCAUGGUGCCUCCAGUUGGGAAAGGUGUGUCAAAGAAGAAAAAGUGGACUGUGCAUUAUCCAAACAUUCCAUCAGCUAUACGCCCAGUACCCCACGGAGAAGGACUGCCGGUUCCUGAUGCAUCAGAAUCAUUCUCACUUGAGUCAGACGAGGAAGAGGAUGAAACUUCUGGUCCUGAACCAUCAAUGUCACAGGACCCACAUUUUCUCCCAUCCUCCUCCUCUAACCACACCUCCUAAUACAAGGUGAACUGAAUGACCUUGUCAGGGAUUUGGAACUACCCAAGAGUAAGGCAGAGCUGUUGGGCUCCAGACUACAGC